AUGAUUGCUCAGAUAUAUGUGGAUAACAUAGUGUUUGGAGGAAUGUCAGAUACAAUGGUAAAACACUUUGUUGGUCAAAUGCAGACCGAAUUUGAAAUGAGUAUGGUUGGGGAACUGACUUACUUUCUUGGUCUUCAAACCAAGCAAAUGGAAGACUCUACAUUCAUGUCUCAAAGCAAAUAUGCCAAGAAUAUAGUAAAGAAAUUUGGUAUGGACAAUGCAAGUCACAAAAGAACUCCUGCACCAACACAUCAAAAGCUAUCCAAAGAUGAAGGGGGCAUAAGUGUUGACCAGAGUCUGUACAGAAGCAUGAUUGGAAGCUUGUUAUAUCUGACAGCCAGCAGACCAGAUAUUACAUUUGCAGUUGGAGUGUGUGCCAGAUAUCAAGCAGAGCCAAAGGCAAGUCACUUGAAUCAAGUCAAGCGAAUUCUUAAAUAUGUAAACCGGACUUCAGACUAUGGCAUCCUGUACACCAAUGGAAGUGACCCUGUCUUGACUGGAUAUUGUGAUGCUGACUGGGCUGGAAGUGUUGAUGACAGAAAAAGCACAUCUGGAGGAUGUUUCUUUCUAGGUAGCAACCUUAUAUCAUGUGCUAUAAAUAUCUCCAAAAGUCCAAUUCAGAAUAGCAGAACGAAACAUAUUGAUAUCCGACACCACUUUAUCAGAGAGCUUGUCGAAGACAAGGUAAUUUGCCUAGAGCACAUAAACAGUGAACUUCAGCUAGCUGACAUCUUUACAAAAGCUCUUGAAGCUACACAGUUUGAGAACUUGCGAAGUUGCAUAUAUGUGUGA